AGUCGUCAGGAUACGUCGUCAAACGGCGGGGAAAGGAGUGUUUUCCUUGAGCAGCUACGAGGGCCAUUUUACUUCGAAAUUAACCAACGUAAUCCUAUUCUUUUAAUACAAAUUCGGAGGCAAGAGACAUUUGGAGACUUUAUUUGUCGCUCGACGCUCAAAUAAGCUUUAGCAAACUCGUGCGCAGCUGAAAGCCAAAACCUUUAGUUUUCCGCCCGCAUCAUUUUCUUUGACUUCCUUUUGGAACAUUACUGCACUGUAAUUGCUGUUUUUUGUUUGGGUUUACAACUUGAAAUUACGCUACCGAAUAUAACCAGCGUUCAUACUAGAGCGUCAUUGACUGUGCAAGAGUGGACAUUUGCAGCGUUGCCAAAGUUUAUAAUUACAUAGUCGGUCGCAUUUCGGCGCGUUAACACUUUUUUGUGAGUUAUUUUUUAAACUUCGUGUUGUAUUUUGUUUGUAGACUUUUUUCAACUAAUUAAGAAUUAGUCACGCUUUAAAAAAACAUUUUUUUUAGUGCUUGCCAAUCCCUUAAAAUGACUUUUAGUGCUUGUGUGAGCGCCACGGCUAGCCUCUUGCUGCUUCUGCUGACUCCAACGGUGCUCCAUGCUGAGACCCAGCAACCCCACCAGGCGGCCGGGGAAGAGAGCCAGCCGACGGUCAACCUCCGCAGCUUGCUCCGCGGAAGCAGCCAGGAGUUCCAUCAGUACAUGGAGUCACUCGUGGGAACCGGCGCGAUCCGAUCAGCGGUUGAGAGUGCACUCUUGUUUCUAGAGUCACUGGUUGGUCAGGAGAACGUCUAUUCAGUGGCCAUGUUUGUGCAGAUGGUGAUCCGCUUCCUAGCCGAAGGAGCUGCCAGUGGCCUCAACGUCAUCGCUGUGUACGUAACAGAGAUACUCAGGGUCACAGGAUUUGAUGCUACCUUCACGCUCCCUCACUUCACCCCAGAGGGCGUGACCACGGUGGCCCAAUGGGGGGUCCUGGCUGUCAUAGGCUACUGGGUGCUGACCGUCGUCCUGCGCUUGGUGAUCGGCGCCCUGCGGCAGGUCUUCUGGCUGGUAAAGAUGGCGGCGGUGUUAUGGCUCUUCGCCAUGAUCGUGACCGACAAAAGUGCCAGCGCCGACACUACGGCGGUGCGCCUGGGCGGCCUGGUGCUGGGGCACAUCCUGUUGAGCCUGCUGACCUCCGGCUCGGACCAGACGAGCGUGCUCGAGCAUCGCCUGAGGAGCCUGGAGGGCCGAGUGAAGGCGGUGGAGAAGAGGAAAGGCAACCAGUGAGGAAACAUUGGACACGGGUGACCGAUUGUAUGGUUGUCCAACUAUUCUGGGUAAUAAAGUGGAUUUUUGUUUAGAAAUGAGAUUGGCAUGGAUGUCAUAUCUUCCUCUGUUGUUUCAAUAGAAACUUAUUGAAGUGUCCUCUAUCUAGGUUGACAUCAAACGCGUUGAAAGCUUUCUGCACCUGUUUGGUUUCUUAUUGCUGUCAGCUGAAAGGUUGAUCUGAUCCGCCAUCUUCAGUCACACUUCCUCUCCGGUUCCCUCUCAAAUCCUUCCCACUCGUGUCAAGGAGAGUCAAGUGGGACAGCAAAGGAUCCAGAUGAGGGAGGACUUGCUACCCUUUAGGACAGGGGUGUCCAAACCUUCGCCCCCCGAGGGACGCUCAAUGAAAAAAUCAAAGAAUGCAGGGGCCAUUUGGAUAGUUUUCAUUUUGUAAAAUAAUGCUCAAAUCAAUCCAGUAUGCUAAGAUGUUAUAUACAGGAGAUUUAAAGAAAAAAAAACAGCCUGUGUCCCCUUUCUCUUAUUAGCACCAACAUUAUGCAUUAUGCCAUUUUGCCGUUUUCCCCUGUUUUUGCUAAUCGUUGUCUUUUUAGAAUGUGCCACAUCCCAAUA